AUGACGGCCAGGACAGAAGCCACAUGGACAAAGAUCCCAGGACCACAUCUCCCUCGCUCAUCCCACUCGGUAUGCGUGAUCGCGGGCAAGGCUUACAUCUUUGGAGGGGAGAUCCAGCCUAGGCAGCCGGUCGACAACGCCAUGCACAUCGUCGAUAUCGAAACUGGCGAAUGCGAGGAGGUGGCGGCCAAAGGUGAUGCCCCUGCGCCGAGGGUGGGCCACACGGGCGCAGCUGUCGGGAAUGACAUCUACGUAUUUGGAGGUCGGGGCGGUAAAGAUAUGACACCCCUCGGAGAAUCCGGCGCCGUCUACGUCUUCUCCACUACCGCCCGCACAUGGUCUAGGCUGCAGCCAACGUCCGAAUCAUACCCCAUUGCAAGGUCAUACCACUCAUCGACGGCCACAUCAACCCAUAUUCUCAUCCAUGGUGGCUGUCCUCCUCCUCCUUCUGGGCGCCUGGCCGACGUCUGGGCGUUCGACAUUGCGUCUCAUACCUGGACGGUCCUGCCCGAAGCUCCUGGGAAAGGACGAGGCGGGACCGCUAUAGCCGUCCUCGAUGGGAAGCUUUGGCGGUUCGGCGGGUUCGAUGGAGUAGGGGAAUUGGGAGGUGGAGUGGACUGCUUGAAUCUGGAGAAGGCUCUGCAUGGCGCGGACGAGGACGGGAAUGCCAACUCAGGCUGGGGCUUCAUCCCGUACGGUGACGCCACCGGAGCCGAGGCAGGCAAGUCCGCGGGCCCGGGCGCAAGAUCCGUCACUGCCCUGAUCCCUUCGACAGCCGGGUCUGGUCCACCCAAACUGCUGGUCAUCAUGGGCGAAGGUAAGCCCUCACCAACCGGCGGUCACGAUGCGGCGGGUGGCUUCUACGACGACGUGUGGAGCUUCGAUCCGACGAGUGGGAAGUGGGAACAGGUUGUGAUCGCCAGCGGAGGCGGGCCGGGUCCGAGGGGUUGGUUUGGGGCUGAUGUGCACGGGGAAGGGGCGGUGGUGUGGGGCGGGCUGAAUGGGGCGAACGAGCGAGAGGGAGAUGGGUGGGUGCUGAGCUUCCAGUAG